CUGUGUAAGAGGAAAUAAAAAGAGAGAGAGAGAGAGAGAAGAAAAAGAAAGUGCGUAUUUGCCAAAGCUAAAGCAAGAGCCAUUUUUAGUAGCAGUAGGGACAUUAAAAAAAAGUUUGAAGGUCUGGUAAAUUUGUUAAGCUCAAAAAUUCCAUUUCCAUGGAGCAACCCCCAUUCAUUUCUCAACGACGAGAUGAACCGGAGUUCAGCCUCCGUGAAUGGGCUGCCAAGGCCAAAAUUACCCGCGACCCCGCCACUUCCCGGCGAUUCUCUGGUUCUUACAUCAGAAGCUUCCGAGAAGAUGCUAGAUCGUUCCGAUCAAACAUCACUACCAUCACUAGCACCGCCUCCUCUCCCGGAUACCCUUUUGGAGAUGAAAUUGACCCAGCUACUUAUUCCUUCACUAAUGCCAUCAAGGCACUGCAAGCCAGGUCGCUUAACAGUUGGGAAUGCUUUUCUCUUGAUGGGUUUACUUUGAAUUCGAAAUGGAACGAAGCCGAGAAGUAUAUAUGUAAUCCACUUUCUGGGGAAGUGCCCAUGGAGUGUUUGUCUGCAAAAUCACUUAGUGGGAGGUCGUUUAGGAACUUUACAAACAGAAUUGCUAUAUCUGCACCUUUAGUUUACUCCAAUCAUUCACAACAAACUCAAACAAAGCCAUGUUCUAUUGCACAAGUAGUUCAGAAACUCCCAAUUCCAGAGAAGCAACUGGAUGCCAAUGCUUUGACUAGAGAUGUGGGAACUCAAAGCACACCAACAAACGUUGGUUCAAAAAGUCCUAGUCCUGCUUCCACGCCUCCCAUCGUGGACAGAGCUUUAAAGAGAUGCGAAUUAGAAGAAGACUCGCCCAAUUCCAAUUCUAAAAUUACUCCCGUGACAGAGGUGAUAAAAAGAGAGAUGAAAGAAGAGAGAGCAAAAGAAGAAAAGGUACAUAAAGAAAUAAUAGCAGAAGAAAAGUACAAGCAAGGGGGAUGCUUAUCAUGGAUGAAGAAGAAGCAGAAAGAGGAACAAAGAUCAAGAAGAAAGAGGUUCCUGUCUCAUCUAAAACUAAAAGGGUGCUAAAAGAGAGAGUGUUGAAAUGGAGAAAGAACAAAACAUGGAAAAUAAAGGAGUCUAUAAGAAGAGAUUUGGUUAAUUAAUACAAAAUGGAAGAAAAAGGGCAUAUGGGAAUGUGGUAUUUGUAUGAAGAUGAGGGGUAUGAGUGUUUGUGGUCCUAUUUGCCUUUGCCUCUUAAUCACUUCAAUUUGUUCUUAGUGAUGGUGAAAGUAAACCAACAGCUUAGGUUUCACGUGCAGGCUUUUGUCCUUGUUUUCUGAAUAGUAGGGUAAGGCUCUAAAGAGUCUCCUCCUUUAGUUUUCAACUUUUUAAAAAUAUUUCUCUCUCAUUGUUGUUGUUAUUAUUACUGACCUUUUGUUGUAAAAUUUUUAUACUGUAUUUAACAAAAACCUUAGACCACCCUAAUUUAUAUUAUUUUUCUGAAUUUCAUAUUA